AUGAUCAGUGGAGCUCAAAGAUGCUUUUCAACAGUUCCUAAUCUUCUUUAUGUAGGCUUAGGGGAAAUGGGGUAUCGCAUUGCAGGGACUCUCAGCAAAACCUACCCUAUGACUGUUUGAAAUCGCACCAAUGAGAAAGCUGUAAGCCACGCUAGCGAAUAUGGAACUACAGCUCUAGCAGGGCCGAAUCCUUUUGCCCAUGACAUUUCGCAUAUUGAUGUGAUUUUAUCUUGCCUGCCGACUUCAAAUGAAGUUAAAAUUUUUGCUGAUCAUUUGAUAGCAAGCCAAAGCCAGUUGAAGCAAGGCCUGCUGUGGUUAGAUAACACUUCUGGUGUGCCUCAUCAAUCAAGGCAAAUAGCUGAACUGUUGCAGCAAAGAUCAGUGCAGUUCUUAGAUGUCCCAAUCAGUGGAGGACGCAAAGGUGCCACAAAUGCUACAUUAACCAUUAUGGUAGGAGGACCAAAACCAGAUUACGAAAGAAUAUUGCCAAUCCUACAAAAAAUGGGCAAAAAUAUAGCUCACAUAGGUGAUGUAGGAUCUGCUCAUGCAGUGAAGGGUCUAAACAACUUAUUAUAUGGCUGCAAUAUUUUACUAGCAAUGAAAGUUGCUCAGACUUUGGAAAAAGAAGGAAUUGACCCUGAUGUAGCCUUAAAAGCUAUGAUGACUUCUUCAGGAGGCUCAAAUUCAAUGCUAAGAGUUCAUGAGUAUGUAACCCACAACAGAACAAUUGAUUACAGUUUCAAAGCCAAUGCAUUAGUAAAAGAUAUGGACAUUGGGCUUUCUAUGGUUACGCCUAGGAGUGAAGAUGAUCCAGCUAUUAAGAUGUUCACAAACAUAAGAGACAUCUACUUCAAAAUGGCAACUGAAAAGGGUUGGAGCACUGCUGAAGUAUUUGACACGUUUCCAUAUAUUGAAUAA